UUUACUACGAGCAGCAUGUCAACACCAACCUCCAGAAAAAAACUAUUUAUCGUGAGGGCCACUGUCAGUAACAACGCCCUUUGAUCGCGACUUCCAAAGCUUUCCAACUCCGGCGACGCAAACGUGAAAGGAUCGCCCAUUUUUGGUCCAAUUUUUGAAAACUUUUUUGGCGUUGGAGCGCAGAGCAGCGUCGAGACCGUGUGUUAAAGGGAGCAACCAAAGCAUCGAAGAAGAAAAAAGCGUGAAAUCUUAAUAUAGUAGUGUUUUUUUUCUCUCGAUUGGUUGUUGUUUUUGCAGUACGAAGAACCAGGACUCGACUUGGAUCUGAUGCUACUGGCGGUACACGGUGAUAAAAUUUGACCUCCCCGGAUUGAAGCUUUGGAGAGGCUGGGAAGACAUCCUUGUGGUUGUGUAGCUGCUGACUGAAUGCAGAAGAGGCAGAAGCGCCCUUGACUCAGGGGACAUUGUCCGAUGUGUGUCCAGCUCCUGAAGCCCAUGGCCUGGCCGCGGGGAUGGCAGCCUUUGCCCUGAACCUCAGAGUCAUGAACAGCAGUAAUCAGUUCCACGCUCAGCCAGGCUCCUCUAACGGCUCCAGAGCGAGGUCCAGUGCUGUGGGUCGGCCCGUGCUCCCCGUCCCCGACAGAAGCACCUACUGUCCUCUGCUGGGAGGCCUCUACAGCCCCACCAGUCCCUCCAGCCCCACCAGCCCUACGACAAGUCGUCAAACUCUGGGUCCAGCUUUUGUGUUCCCCUCUCCCUCCUCCCCCUCUUCCCUGUGCCCCAGCCCUAGCCCGCCUCGGCGUGCUCGCUCCCCUUCUCCGCGCAGUCCCGAGCUGCUGGGUGUCAAUGUGGGCCAGAGGGUGCGCCGCCUGAGCUCGCCCGGCUGUGAGGACCGAGGGGAGGCGGAGGGGCAGGAGGAGCGUCCGGGGGAGGGAGGGGAGACCCGUGAGGGCCGCAGACGCCAGGCACAGCUGCUGCAAAUCCACCGCGAGCUGCAGAACGUGGAGGUCAGAGGAAAAGUCGGUAUUUUUGAGGCCCACAUCUCCGGGAUCCGUGCCCAGGUUAACAGCGAACUCCAGCGCAGUCCUCGGUCUCCACGACGAUCGACUAGCCACGCCCCUUUCCCGCUCAGCCAAUCCCAAAACUCUGCACCCCAAUGCCCAAUGACACACCCACAGGAGAGCAAGGUUCCCUGUGUGGUCCCCAAUGGAAGAGAAAGAGAGGAAGAAGGGGAGAGGAGGGAGGAAAGUUCUGCCAAGUUACCCACGGAGAACCAAAAUGGACGCAGUAUGGAUACAGUUUCUCAGAAUUUAUUGUCAGAUGGGGAGAAUAUAGAACGACUUGGAGGGAAGGAUGGAGACGGAGAUGAACUUCAAGCUAAACGAGAAAGGACAGAGAUAGAGAAAAUGGAAAUACAUGAAAAUGAAACGCAAAUGGAGCUAGCAGAAAGUGGUGUAGCUUCUUUAUCGGACCUACCAGAUCAAAACCACUCUUUCACUAACACUCCUCCAAUCCCAGCUGUUAUAAUCACGGACCACGAGAGCCCACUUCCAGCUUCAGAAGGCCUCAGCUCAGACCAGCCAAUGUCUUACACGCCAAGUCCAGGCUCGAGCCCCAUUCCUGGGCACAACUUUUCAACCCGCUCCCUCAGAAAGCUGUCUUCAUCUUCCACCUCCUCUGCUGGGUUCUCCUCAUCAUGGGAAGAGUCUGAAGAAGACAUCUCCAGUGACAAUGAGAGGGGGGACCAGCUACUCAACCCGACCGUGCUCAGUUCUCAGCAGAAAGCACACAAAUCCUGGAAGAAAAUCAAAAACAUGGUCCACUGGUCGCCAUUCGUUAUGUCCUUUAAGAAGAAGUAUCCUUGGAUACAGCUGGCGGGGCAUGCAGGGAGCUUCAAGGCCGGAGCCAACGGUCGGAUAUUAAAAAAACACUGUGAAUGUGAGCAGCGCUGCCUGUCCCUCCUCAUGAAGGACGUGCUGCGGCCUUACGUGCCUGGUUACCAUGGCGACGUGGAGAAGGACGGUCAGAAGUACAACCAGAUGGAGGAUUUGUUGGCUGAGUUUGACUUUCCAUGUGUCAUGGACUGUAAGAUGGGCGUGAGGACAUAUCUUGAGGAAGAGUUGGCCAAAGCUCGCAAAAAGCCAUCUCCGAGACCAGACAUGUACCAGAAAAUGGUUGAGGUGGACCCCGGUGCCCCUACAACGGAAGAAAAUGACCAGAAAGCAGUGACCAAGCCUAGAUACAUGCAAUGGAGAGAAACUAUAAGCUCAACGGCCACUUUGGGGUUCAGGAUAGAAGGAGUCAAGAAAGAGGAUGGCACGGUUAAUAGAGACUUUAAGAAGACGAAAACGAGAGAGCAAGUGACUUUGGCCUUCCACGACUUUGUCAAGGGAAAUAAAGACAUUCUGAAACUUUACCUCGAAAGACUUAAAGAAAUCAGAGACACACUAGAGAUCUCUCCAUUCUUCAAAACACAUGAGGUCAUUGGCAGCUCCUUAUUGUUCGUCCAUGACAGUAAAGGACGGGCCAAAGUCUGGAUGAUCGAUUUCGGCAAAACCACCCCUCUUCGCGAAGGAGACGAGCUCACACAUCGGGCAACAUGGGUGGAAGGCAACAGGGAAGAUGGCUACCUGUAUGGACUUGAUAGUUUGGUGGAUAUCAUUUCAAAUAUGGUGGACUCUGAGACAUGAAGAGUAGGGGGGUGUUUUUAUUUUAUUUUAAUUAACAGAACACUUGCAACCUCUUCCACUAAUCCCGCACGUGUCUUGGGACAAUUUGGACUCACAAAAAGGGCUUCUGUUUUGACUUUAUCGAAUUGGAAAUAUUCACAUCAUUCCCUUAAUAACCAAUGAUCAUUCAUGGAUGCAGUCUCUUCCAUUGUGUCUGAUAUUUGACUGCUUCCAUAAUAUUAAAGUUAUAUUUGUGUUAUGCUCAAAAUACAGGUCUAUAUGCAAGACAAUGCAGGUGUAAAGACACUGUCAGCAUAUAAAAAAGUCAGUAAGUACAUUUCUGUGGAAUGGCAAGUCAAACAGAUUCACCUAUGUAAUUAAAAAACAUGAAUCGCAUACAAACAUAUAACCUUUCAAAGAUUUUUUACACAAACCAGAAAUAUAAACAUAGUGAAUCUAAGACUCAAAGAAAAGCACUAGCAUUAUGAUUUCAAUGUUUGUGUUAAAAGAAAACAUUUUGAAUAGUAAUUUUCUAUACUGAAAUAAUUUUUAACACAUUUGUGCUACAAUAAUACUUAAUUUGUAUCUUUCUAGCUACAAUUUGACUUGGCAUCUGCAGUAUAAAAAAUAUGCUGACGACUAGUGACCCUUAACUUUUAACUACCGAAUGUCAUUUCCUCUGAAGGGAGUUUUAACUUGAGUUUUAAAGCGGAAAACUUUUAUCUGUUUCCACAUUUGCUAGUACCACUUACUAUGGUGCCCUUUACGUCCCCACUGUAAUGAGCUAAAGUCUAGUUAACCAUAGAGCAAGUCCUCACUCCAUGUGUUGCUUAACUGUCCCAGGAAAACACUUUUUACACUGUGUUUGGAUUGUUCACAUGUACAGUAGUUACCUGUUUUUUUUUAUGUAGUACUCAAAUGGAACACUUACAGCCAUGAACAAUGUUAUUUAAGCUAUACAGUGCCUUGCCGAAUGCGAAGCCAAGUCAAAAAACUGAAAAUAUUUUAAGGUUUUUUUUUUUUUUUUAGUUUUUUUUUUAGUUGAAGGUGCAGUAUGUAACUUUUUCAGUGGAAGGUUCGACACCAGCUUGUCUCCAUGGAAAUAUUAAUGUUUUACCUAGAAUGUUCCACGGUAUGGCAUUAAACCUAAACCAUAUGUCUUUAACUAUUUAGACAUGCAAGUUAGAGUCAAAUGUGUGGAGAGAUGAUCCCAUUUUAAAGUAUUUUUGAGCACAUGUAAUUGAAUAAAUGCAUAAUGUUCACGUUUAAUGCAAUGCUGUUGAACAUAUAAGAAAAAGCUAUAAAAUCUCCAUGGAGACAAUGAAUUGACGGAACCCAACUAGAAAAGUUACCUAGCCUACCUUUAAGUUUAUUCCUGCUGGUUAGUCUUAUGUGAGUGCAUGUUUAUUAUACAUGAAAAUAUGUUUUAAAUUUGUAGUUUAUAGUCUAUUUAUAACAUUAUGUUGUGUUUUAGACAAAGGUUUCUGUGACAUGUGAAUUAUGGACUGUUACAGUGUGUAUAGUUUUAAGCAUGUUUUCUGCAA